GACUCGCCUUGCAGCGGGGCGGGCCGGAGGGGCGCGCCGGGAAACGUUUUCAAACCCGACCGGCCAAAGCCCCGAACCCUGGCCCGAGCCCCGGUGCGCCCCACUGGGCAGGAGCCCCGGCCAGCCCCGUGGGGUGCAGCCCCAGACCCCGCUGCCCGGGAGCUGAGCUCCGGGGCCCCGAAGCGGGAGCGGGUUUCCAGGAGCGGCUCUGUGGGAGCGGGACAGCAGGACGUGGGGCACCUGGGAGAGAAACGCAGUUAUUCCAGCGUCAGCCUUGGUGGGCCGCAGCCCACUUCACUGGCUGCAGAGACUGGAGCAUAGGCUCUUUGGGGGAUUGCAUUUCUCCAGUUCCUGUGUUGCUGAUACGAUGAGAAAUUUGAAGUUACUGUACGCUCGAGAGCAUGGGCCUGUCCCGGCUUUGGGGAGUCCUCAGUGUUUCUGCCUCCGUGCAGACCAAGGGACGCUGCUCAUUGGCUCAGAAUAUGGGAUCCUGGAGCUGGACCCAGCCAUUCGAGGGGUGACGAAUGAAAUUUCCUUGACUGUGGAUGGUUUUCUGCCAGAAGAUGGAAGUGGCCACAUUGUGGGCAUUGAAGAUCUGCCAGAUCAGGAGUGUGUGUGUGUUGCUACGGCAGCUGGAGAUGUUAUACUGUGCAACCUCAGUACAAAGCAGCUCGAAUGUGUUGGGAGUGUGGACACUGGUCUGACCACCAUGAGCUGGAGUCCUGACCAGGAGCUUGUCCUGCUGGUUACAGGUCAGCAAACUCUUAUUAUGAUGACAAAGGACUUUGAACCAAUUACUGAAAGGGAGAUCCACCAGGAUGACUUUGGGGAAGGAAAGUUCAUCACUGUUGGUUGGGGUAAAAAGGAGACACAGUUCCAUGGAUCAGAGGGCAAACAGGCAGCUCAUCGCAAGCAAACGGAAGUGCCACCUGCUUCAUCCUCUGAUGAUGGCCGACCCCGAGUCACCUGGAGAGGAGAUGGGCAGUUUGUAGCAGUGAGCGCUAUUUGUCCACAGACAGGAGCCCGGAAGGUCAGAGUGUGGAGCAGGGAGCUGGUCUUACAGUCGACAAGUGAGCCUAUCCCAGGACUAGAACAAGCACUGGCGUGGAAGCCCUCUGGAAGCCUGAUAGCAUCCACACAGGAGAAACCCAACAAACAUGAUGUUGUCUUCUUUGAGAAAAAUGGUCUCCUUCAUGGGGAAUUCACCCUCCCAUUUCAGAAAGGCCAAGCCAAGGUUAACGAGCUGCUUUGGAACUUAGACUCUACCAUCCUGGCAGUUUGGCUGGAAGAUCUUAAGAAAGAAAAGAACUCCGGGACAAACACCUAUGUUCAGCUCUGGACAGUGGGGAACUAUCACUGGUACCUGAAGCAGAGCCUGCGUUUUGGCAGCGCUGAGAAAAGCCAGCUCGUGUCACUGCGGUGGGACCCUGAGAUCCCACGUCGACUGCACGCUCUCUGCAGGGGGUGGCACGCCCUCUGCUACGACUGGCACUGGAGCACCGACCGCAGCACUGGGGAGGAGAGCCGCCGCGUGGCCAGCGUGGCCGUUAUUGAUGGAGAUAAGGUGCUAGUAACGGCCUUCCAGCAUUCUGUGCUGCCUCCGCCCAUGUGCACCUUCCAGCUCCAGCUCCAGCAGGCGGUGAACCAGGUCGCAUUCCACACAGACCCCGCAAAGAGCGCAGACCUUGCUGUCCUCGACGCCAGCAACAGGAUCUCCAUUUACAGAGUUGGUGACGGCACUGUGAAAGACCCCACUGUUACAUUGGGAGGAAGUGGAUUUAAAGCUUCUGUUGAAACACCUCAUCUGGAAAAAACCUACAGAGUUGAGGUGUGCGGCGGCAGCAAGCAGGUGAACCCACUAGCGUUCCGGCUUUUCACUUGGCUGCAGGACGACACCUUCUUGGCAGUCAGCCAGGGGCAGCUUGCCACGCACUCCGUCAUCCACCAUCUGACAGGAGGUCCUGAGGCAGAGGGAGGGUGCCUACAUCUCCGUUUGUCUGUGCCUGUGGAUGGGGAUGUGAUCAGCCUGUGCUAUAAUCCGAAGACCAGCGCAGUAGCUCUGCAGCUAGCUGAUGGGCGGAUACUGAAGUACCUCUGUGAGGCUCCCACUCCAGCCCUCGAACCUUGGACGAGCCUCAGUGGCUCUGCUGUGCGAUUCCCUUCUCCAUGUGUGCAGACUGCACUGGCCGUGAUUGGUGGAGAAGAGGCCAUCCUGGGUCUGACUGAGCGAUGCCGUUUUUUCAUUAAUGAUGUGGAGGUGGCUUCCAACAUUACCUCAUUUGCCAUAUAUGAUGAGUUUUUGCUGGUGACCACCCACUCCCACACCUGCCAGUGUGUAUCUUUGAGGGACACAUCACUGAAAGUUCUGCAGGCAGGCUUCAGCAGCUCCUCUACUCCCAACGAGACACUUCGCAAGGUGGAGCGAGGCUCCCGCAUAGUCACCGUUGUACCCCAGGACACCAAGCUCAUCCUGCAGAUGCCAAGAGGAAACUUGGAGACUGUUCACCACCGAGCCCUCGUUCUGGCCCAGAUUCGGAAGUGGUUGGACAGGCUUAUGUUUAAAGAAGCAUUUGAAUGUAUGAGGAAGCUGAGAAUCAACCUCAACCUUCUUUAUGAUCACAAUCCCAAGGUUUUUCUGGAAAAUGUGGAAACCUUCAUAAAACAAAUAGAUUCCGUGAAUUACAUCAACUUAUUUUUCACCGAGUUGAAAGAAGAAGACUUCACAAAGACUAUGUACCCAUCUCCAGUUAGCAGCAACGUCCAGCUACAACAGUGUCCUGAUCAGAAAAAAGUAGACCUUAUCUGUGAUGCAAUGAGAGCUGCCAUGGAAAACAUCAAUCCUCAAAAAUACUAUCUUUCAAUACUGACAUCCCAUGUGAAGAAAAGCACCCCAGAACUGGAAAUUGCCCUCCAAAAAGUGCACGAGCUGCGAGAGACUGUUUCACCAGCAGCUGAGGGGGUGACUGCAGAGGCAGCGCUGAAGUAUCUGCUCUUCCUGGUUGACGUCAAUGAACUGUACGAUCACUCCUUGGGCACAUACGACUUUGAUCUGGUUGUCAUGGUGGCAGAGAAGUCUCAGAAGGACCCUAAGGAGUACCUGCCAUUCUUAAACACCCUCCGGAAAAUGGAAACCAACUAUCAACACUACACUAUAGACAAAUAUCUGAAAAGGUACAAGAAGGCACUCUGCCACCUCAGCAAAUGUGGUCCAGAGCACUUCUCUGAAUUUCUGAACUUGGUGAAGGAUCAGAAGUUGUAUAACGAAGCCCUGAAGUUGUAUCCACCUGAUACUCCAGAACACAAGGCUGUCGGCAGUGCCUUUGGGGAGCACUUGAACCAGAAGCAUCUGUAUGAGCAGGCUGGACUGAUCUUUGCCCGCUGCGGUGCAUUUGAGAGAGCCCUCGAUGCCUUUCUGAGCAGUGGCAGCUGGCAGCUGGCCCUUUGCAUGGCCUCUCGGCUUGGUUACACGGCAGAUCAGCUGGCUGGCCUUGCAAGGAGCCUGGCAGGAAAACUAGUUGAACAGAAGAAACAUGCUGAGGCAGCCAUACUCCUGGAGCAGUAUGCACAGGACUAUGAAGAGGCUGUGCUCCUGCUCUUGGAAGGGACCAUCUGGGAAGAAGCCUUGAGACUAAUUCACAAAUACGGCAGACUAGACAUUCUGGAGACCAACUUCAAACCUGCUAUCCUAGAAGCCCAGAGAAAUUAUUUGGUGUUUCUGGAGUCUCAGAAAACAACGUUCACUCGCCACAGAAAGCGCCUCCUGGUGGUUCGAGAGCUGAAGGAGCAGGCCCGCCAAGGGCUACUGGAUGAUGAGACACCAAACUGUCUGGAGGCAGACCUUAUUUCCGAAACCAGCAGCAUCGUGACAGCCAGUGACAUGAGUGGCAAAUACUCGCAUAGUAACUCGAGGAUAUCUGCCCGAUCCUCCAAGAACCGUCGCAAGGCAGAGCGCAAGCAGCACAGUCUGAAAGAAGGAAGCCCUCUGGAGGAUCUGGCCCUUCUAGAGGCCUUGGGAGAAAACAUCCGCACUACUGAGAACAUGAAGGGUGAAGUGCACAGCUUAUUAAAGGGGCUUGUGCUCUUUGGCUACGAUGAGCUGGCCAGGGAGCUGCAGCAGGCCCUGGAAGAGGCUUUGCAGUUGAUAGAGAGGUCACUCCCGGAAAUCUGGACCACAGACCUGCAACAGAAUCCUGCUAACCCAGUCCUGGGCCCCAAUUCAACUGCAAAUAGCAUUAUGGCUGCCUAUCAACAGCAAAGAAUUGCAGCUCCUGCAGUACAAGAUGCAGAACUUCUUAUUCCUCCAAAACUCAAUAAAAAUAUCCAGUGGAAACUGAAUCUCUUACAGUAACCUGAGGCCAAGAAAUCUUGCUGGACUCUCAACUGUAGUUUAUUGUGAGCUCAUUGCUUCCCCUUCAUUUUGUUCUUACACUUACACAGCCACACAAACUGUAGAUCUGUUCUCGCCAACCCUGGAGAACAAGAAGAGAGGCAGUCCCCAUAGAGAAGUCCUUACUGGUGCUGUCUGAGUUGGACAUCUGCCAACUCUCUUCCUCUCUCCUUUUGCAGCUCUGGUGCAUUGCACCUAAGACCGCUUCCGAGCCAGCUGUCCUGGCUGCAGUACGUCCCUGCUGCCAUGGCUGUGCAGAGACUGCAGUCGUUUUACAUCGCCCAGGUUCACUCUUUUUGGAUCCUGUGUCCCUGGAGUCCAGGUGAUGCAUUUUUUAAGAAUGUUCAACAGAGCCACUGCCUCCCUGCUGCACUGAGCUUUGUUUUCCCAUUUGACGUUGGGUGGCUGUUACAAGACGUUAGCCAAAUCCUGUCCAGUCAAUCCCCGGUCCCACCAUUGACUGCACUGGAGCUACUGUACACUAGGCAACUAGGUCCUCAGCUGGUGCAUCUGUGCCAGUUUACACCAGCAGCAAGUAUGGCCCUAGGUUUACACUGCUGUACAUGAGCAGAUUAUGGCACAUUGUGCUUUGUCAGAGUGAUUACUGUACAGAACCUCUUCUCUUCCCAAAACAUGGCAUAAUAAAGAUGAUAUUGCUUAAACUGUC